UCUCGUGUAUGAGCAUGGGUACACUCUAGUUUUAGUAAAAGAGAGAGAAGAUGGGAAAGGAUAUUUGUAUUCUUAUUAGAAUUGAUGCUCUAAGAAAGGGAAAAAAAACAUAUUUUCAUUUUUAAGUACUAUAUAUUCGUAUAUAUGGCUUGACUAUACAAGUUUGUAGCUAAGAAUUUACGAACCCCGUCCGAGUGUCCGACCCGAUUUUAAUCCGUUGUCAUUCCGAAUCAUCGACUCCAUCCAAAUUCCAAAUUCCAAAUUCGUCCCCUUGGAAAGAAUAGCUCCCCAAUUAAGAUAAUGGCGGGAAAAUUACUUUGCCCUACGCAAUAUCACUUGUCCUCUCCCAGUUAUCCCUCCCUCUAAAAUUCUCUCACUUCCUCUUCUUCGUUUUUCUUCUCUCUCUCUAUCUCUUUCUCUCUCUUCUUCGUCUUCAGAUUAAAAGAUGUCGGAAAUCCAAACCCUAGACAUCAUCGAAGAAUUAUCAUCCCUUGUUUCUGAUCGUCUUCAAGUGGUUUCUUAUAAGUGGCUUAGCCGUAACUUUUUGGUGUCAUCAAAUGUUGCGAAAAAGUUGCUUCAGGAAUUUGUGGAGAAAACCAAAGAUGAUUUAGAAGUCGUGUACACUGUAGCAGGAUGGUUGAAGAAAGCUCCACCAACUUACCACAUAAGACUUGUUCCACAGCCAAAACUUGAAGAAGCUAAGCAUGAUUUUGAUGGUAAUUGCUCCGUCCAAGUCUAUAGUGUACAAUCUUGUAUCCCAAAAGAUCCAGCUGCUAUUUGGAAUGCUGAGUAUAUUCAAGCUGAAGAGCUUUUCAAGCAACCUGUCACAAUAAAUAAUUGUCUCAGAGAUAAUAGGUUCUGUGGGGUCUCAAAUUCCUUGGUUAAGCGUGAUGCUGAGGGAGCACCUGCAGCAAUAACAGUGCCCCAAACUAAAGGUGUAGGGAUUCCUGGCCAGGUUGUUGGCAGUUCUGUUAAUAAAAUUGGUUCUUCUUUGCAACCUCAGCCAAAAAAGUUGGAGCAAGCUAGCCCAAAAAUAGCUCUACAGGCUUCCAACGUGACUACUCCCAAAAUAGAAUCCGAUAGAUCUGGUACUUGUGAUAUCCAAACCAAGGAGUCAGAUAAGGAUAAAAUCUCUCUUCCAGUCAAGAAGAAAGGUCAGACUGACAAGAGUUCAGCAGGAACUAAAAGCUCUUUAGCAAACUUAUGGGGUCGUGCGUCAUCAAAAUCCAAAUCCACUAACUAUUCCGUAGAAGAAAAAUGUCAUGCUUCCAAGGCAAAUGGUGUUUUAGAUAGUGCAGAUGCUCAAAUUAGUGUUCUUGAAAAUUUAGAGGCUGCAAGUAGUGAUGAUGAAUCAAAUGUGAAUUUCAAGAGAGCUUCCAAUGACGGUGGCAAGAAGAGAAGGGUAGUACUUGAUGAUUCAGAUGAAGAGGAUUUUGAAACUGCUGUUAAUCUGGGGUCGCCUGAUGUUCAAAGUACAAAAUCAUCUCAAGACUCGAAGCAAAAGAGUAGAACAUCAGACAAAGAGAAAAGCGUAUUGAAUUUUGACAAGCAGGAUGAUUGCAAACCAGUAGUUAAGGAAGAGAAAGAAGUAGAUGGUGCUGGCCAUUAUGCUAAAGAAGAAUUUUCAGCUCUUUACAUGGGCAAGAAUGUAAGGAAUGCCAAUUCUGAAAAAGUCCAUGGUAAGACCCCUGACAUUGAUAUGAGUAGUAAGAAUAAAGCACCAGAGGCUGCUUCAUCCUCGCCUAAAAGAAGAAAAGUAUUGAAGACACACAUUGAUGAACGUGGGAGAGAAGUCACUGAGGUGGUAUGGGAAGGUGAAGAGGUAGGCACGAAAGAGACAACUGCAAGUAAGAAUAACACUGACAGUGUGAAAAAUUCUAAUGGUCACAAUGGGAAGGCUGAAGAGAACGGUUCUGCUAACCCUGUGAACAGGGCUAAUACUACAAAGAAGUCUCCAGCGGUUGGAAGCACAGCGCCUUCCCAUACAAUGGGAAAAGCUGGCGGUAAGAAAGGAGCAAAUGCAAAGGAUCCAAAGCAAGGCAAUAUAUUAUCAUUCUUCAAGAGAAAAUGACUUAUAGUGUAAAAUGAUAUUGAUGUUUGCCAUUAGAUUUAGUAAUGUAGUUAUAUUUUGCUGUAAUUUUAAGAGUCGAGAGCAUUGAUCACCUAAUCCAUUUUAGUUUAUCCUGCCAUUUUAUGGUCAUGCCUCUGUUAUUUUGUUAUUAAAGGGUUGCCUACUUGCCUUCAUUUGAUCUUUCAAAGUCAUGUCAUGUUGUGAAAGCUCUGUAAUACUAUAACAAAGGUCCAAAUGUACUUGUUACAUGUUUUUUAUUUUUUAUUUUUUAUUUUUUAUAAGCAACACUUUCAUAUAUGAUCAAUACCCCAAAUUCCAUUUGUUUGCUUAA